UAAAAUGGCCGACGGUAUAACUGACGUUGUUUUGUUGUCGGAGCUAAAAAAGCUCAAAAAAGAUGAAUUAGUUGAAUUAGUUGUGUAUCAAAAGUUACCAUCAAAUUACGGGUCUAAUGAAGUGCUAGUUGAAAUCAAAAGAAAGCUUACGACAGCGUUUUCUUCGCGUGAAAAUGUGUUUUUCCACAGUGAUAGCGAGUUUGAGGUUAGUUCUGUACCUGAUGUUUCCUGUGCUAAACAACUGUGUUUCCAAAGGAAAAUGGAAUUGCAAUAUAGCAAAUCGAAGGUUAGUGAUCUAGAAAACCUUAAGAGACACCUUGAAGAUAGAAUUUUGGAACAAAAACAAUUUAUUUCAUUAUUACAAGAAAAUAAUAAUAAUAAAAAGCAUCCUAAGGACACCGCAGCGUCAUCUUGUAGCAACACCGCCACAUCAGUCGAACCUCGUAAACAUGUUGGUUCGGUUGCACAAAAUCCGAACUCGAUCGAAUCGACAUCUACUGAUAAUGAGUGGCAAUAUCCUAAACGAUAUGGACGUGGCUCAAGAAAUCGCCCGAACAACAGUGAACAACUAGGCGGCGGACAAGUUGCCAGAACCGGGGCGGUCAGCAGUGUACACUGCAGGAAACAGAAUAUAUCUGCUGGUCAAGUUGGCAACGCUGUCAAUAAUGCGCUCGCACAAAAUAUGAUGAACCAAUGCAUUAAUCUGAGCGAUUCAAAUAGCUCCCCGCUAUACCGUACCCCGCAACAUCGGCGUCGCAAGCCAAUAAUAGGCACUAAUACUACCACUGGACUUCAAGCUGUACAAAAACUUGGCUAUUUACAUAUAUAUAGAUUGCACUUAAGUACAACUGCUAGUGGGUUAACUAACUUACUAAAAACGACUGCGCCUGACAUUAAGUUUGACAUUAAAGUGCAUAACAAAACCAUGAAUAGCGUAUCUUUUUUGGCGUCAUUUCCAUUAGAACAUGUAGGAAAAGUAUACGAACCUACAAUAUGGCCAGCUGGAGCAUGCAUCGCUAGAUAUCGCUUUCCGAGAACCAGUAAUGGGAGUGAAACAGGAAAUUUUCCCAAUCGUGCCUUUCAACAGCCGAACUAACGGAAUCCUGUGACAAAGCAAUUAAUAUUGCUGAUAAACUUAUUAUUUGUCAUUUAAAUGUAAGAAGCUUGAAGAAAAAAACUCUGAAACUAGAAAACUUACUCGACUCUGUCGACCAACCACAUGCAGUCUGCGUGUCAGAGACUUGGUGUAAUUCAAGCGAAUCAGAAGAAAAUAAUGAAGAAAUUAACUUACUCUGUAUUCAAAACUAUAUUUUAGCGUCUCAUUUUUCACGCAUUGAUGCAAAUGGCGGAGGUGUUGCAAUUUUUAUAAGAA